GGAGGAGGAGGAGGGAAGACAGGAGGAAGAGAAGCCUCGCCGGGCGUGGAGUUUUUGAAUCCUCUCUUCCCUGCCUCUCUUCUCUCCCCCUCCCCUCCUUCCUGCGAUCCGUGAUGUUACAAAGCCCGUGAGCUGUGCUUUCCCCAUUCGCCUCCUGUCACUUCCUUCCUGGACGCUCUCAGGACGAGUCCGCUUACUUUUAAUCCGACCAGCAGCACGGGCACUCGCGCCUGCUGCACGCUGAGGGGCACACGCCGCCGCCGCCGCCGCCAGCGCCACCACAGAGCUCCUGGCAGUUCAUUGGAUUGAUUUUCAAGGUUGUGUGUGUGUGCGCGCGCGGGCGUGCGCGCGCGCGCCCGUGUGCAUGUGUGGUUAAAGGAGGCUGCGUGUUGGACCAGGUGGGGAACAUCUUACAAGGCUGGAAGAACUAAAAGCUUUUUUCCCCGUUCCUUCUCCUCCAAUUCCUCCUCCUCCUCCUCCCCCAUUCUACUCAAUUACUUCUCUUUCUCUCUCUUGUUUCUCAAGAAGAGGAAAAAAAAUAUCUCAAGGACUCGUCUGAUUAUCCAAACGUUUGCGAUCAUCUCUCCCAGCACAUCUUUGCCUUUAUAGGCUUCCUUGUGAGAUGGAGGAAAUGAGAACAUUUGAAUGGAAAAGCAAGUGAUGUCCCACUUUUGCAGUCUUUCUAACUUUAACUGAACGGAUGCAGGGGUCUGUGAAUUGAAUUGUGUAAGUGCUGAAGAAGGAGUCUUGGUUUGAGGAAACAGGAAAGAGGAAGGAAAGAGAAGAAGAAAAUACAGAAGUGUAGGAACAAACGACAGAAGAAAAACGGGGACUAUGGGGAGAAAAAAGAUUCAGAUCACGAGGAUAAUGGAUGAACGUAACAGGCAGGUGACUUUUACGAAGAGGAAAUUUGGGUUAAUGAAGAAGGCUUAUGAGUUGAGUGUUCUGUGCGACUGUGAAAUUGCUCUCAUAAUCUUCAACAGCACCAAUAAACUCUUCCAGUAUGCCAGCACUGAUAUGGACAAGGUGUUGCUGAAGUAUACAGAAUACAAUGAGCCACAUGAGAGUCGAACGAAUUCAGAUAUUGUUGAGACAUUGAGAAAGAAAGGACUUAAUGGCUGUGACAGCCCAGACCCUGAUGCAGACGAUUCAGUAGGUCACAGCCCUGAGUCUGAGGACAAGUACAGGAAAAUUAAUGAAGAUAUUGAUCUAAUGAUCAGCAGGCAAAGAUUAUGUGCUGUUCCACCACCUAACUUUGAGAUGCCAGUUUCUAUCCCGGUGUCCAACCAUAACAGCUUGGUAUACAGCAACCCAGUUAGCUCAUUGGGUAACCCCAACCUUUUGCCUCUGGCCCACCCUUCCUUACAGCGGAAUAGCAUGUCUCCUGGGGUGACACAUCGACCACCAAGUGCAGGUAACACAGGUGGCCUGAUGGGUGGGGACCUCACAACCGGUGCAGGCACCAGUGCAGGGAACGGGUAUGGCAACCCUCGAAACUCCCCAGGUCUGCUGGUCUCACCUGGCAACUUGAACAAGAAUAUGCAAGCAAAGUCUCCUCCACCCAUGAAUUUGGGACUGAAUAAUCGUAAACCAGACCUCCGAGUACUGAUCCCACCCGGAAGCAAGAACACCAUGCCAUCCGUGAAUCAAAGGAUAAAUAACUCUCAGUCUGCUCAGUCAUUGGCUACUCCAGUGGUUUCCGUGGCAACUCCUACUUUACCAGGGCAAGGGAUGGGAGGAUACCCAUCAGCCAUUUCAACAACAUAUGGUACCGAAUAUUCGCUAAGUAGUGCAGAUCUGUCAUCAUUAUCUGGCUUUAACACAGCCAGUGCUCUCCACUUGGGUUCAGUAACUGGCUGGCAGCAGCAACAUCUACACAACAUGCCACCAUCUACCCUCAGUCAAUUGGGAGCUUGCACUAGCACUCAUUUAUCUCAGAAUACAAAUCUCUCCCUGCCUUCUACUCAAAGCCUCAACAUCAAGUCCGAACCUGUUUCUCCUCCUAGAGACCGUACCACCACGCCCUCGAGAUAUCCACAGCACACGCGCCACGAGGCAGGAAGAUCCCCUGUUGACAGCUUGAGCAGCUGUAGUAGUUCCUACGAUGGAAGCGACAGGGAAGAUCACCGAAAUGAAUUCCACUCUCCCAUUGGACUCACCAGACCUUCGCCGGACGAAAGGGAAAGUCCCUCCGUGAAGCGCAUGCGGCUCUCUGAAGGAUGGGCAACAUGAUAACUUUACUAGCUAUUAGAGGUUUUUUUUUUCCUUGCAGUGCGUGUGUGUGCUAUACCUUAAUGGGAAAGAGGGAGGGGGGUCAAUAUGCAUUAUAUGUGCUGUGUGUGGGGGGGAAAAGUCAGGUACUCUGUUUUGUAAAAGUACUUUUAAAUUGCCUCAGUGAUACCAUAUUAAAAGAUAAACAGCAAUGCUGAAGAGAUGCUUCGCACUUGAGUUGUACAACAGAUCACUUGUACAAAAUAGGUUUUAAGGUUAACUUCUUUUUACUGUUGUGCUCCCUUGCAAAAUGUAUGUUACAAUAGAUAGUGUCAUGUUGCAGGUUCAACGUUAUUUACAUGUAAAUAGCCAAAAACAGAAAAAAAGAGGAGGCAUUUGCCCAGCCCUGGGCAGAUCUUUACUGAGAGAAAGCGGCUGUUAUGCAACAUAUAGAAAAUGUACAGAUGUUUUGGGAGACCCAGAAAUCGGGUGACUAAGGAAAAAAAGAAAAGAAAAGAAGGAAAAAUUUAGGUCACUUAAUGUAUCUGAAAAUGCUCACAAAUGUGUUGGCAUAUUGUAUGAGUAUGGCACUCAGUUAAACGGAUCAAAAUCAUUUAAAAGAGGACCAUACUUGUAAAAAAAAAAAUGUUUUUUGGGUUCUUUCUUUUUUUAGUGU